UCCUUUCCAGGAACUGAAAGCGACUCACCUAGUAAACCUCCAGCGUUCCCCCGCACUACUUUGAAGCCCAGUGUCCCAGACCGGCCCCCUCACAAUCCUCCGUUUGGUCCCAACAUCUGCGAUGGAAAAUUUGACACUAUCGGUGUGCUACGGGGAGAGAUGUUUGUCUUCAAGGACAAAUGGUUUUGGCGGGUCCGGAACAACCGUGUGAUGGAGGGGUAUCCUCUGCCCAUUGGCCAGUUCUGGGUCGGCCUCCCCUCAACAAUCAACACAGCUUAUGAAAGGAAGGAUGGGAAAUUUGUGUUCUUUAAAGGUGACAAGUUCUGGGUUUUCAACGAGGCCUCUUUGGAUCCUGGCUACCCCAAACAUAUCAAGGAACUGGGCAGAGGACUUCCCACGGACCGGAUCGACGCUGCCCUUUUCUGGGUUCCAAGUGGGAAAACGUACUUCUUCCGGGGAAACAAGUACUACCGCUUCAAUGAGGAGACCCGGUCUGUCGAUGCUGAUUACCCCAAGAACAUUGACGUCUGGGAAGGGAUCCCUGAAUCACCCCGGGGGUCAUUUAUGGGGAGCGAUGAAGCUUUCACGUACUUUUACAAGGGGGAUCGUUACUGGAAAUUCAACAACGAGAAGUUGAAGGUGGAGCCCGGAUACCCCAAGUCGGUGCUACGGGACUGGAUGGGGUGCAGCUCAGGGGGCCGCCCGGACGAAACGGAAGUGAUCAUCAUAUCAGUGGACGAAGGGGGGGAAGGGUCGGUGAACACGGCCGCGGUGGUGUUGCCGGUCCUUCUGCUCCUCAGCAUCUUUGCCUUGGCGGUGGCCAUCCUAGUCUUCAAGCGUUACGGCACGCCCAAGAGGUUGUUGUACUGCCAGCGCUCCCUGCUGGACAAGGUGUGACAGGGCAGCUCUCCGACUUGGGGCUAGGGGCGCGGGGCACUCCUCUCUCCUACCGUUUGCCACAAAAAUCUCUCCUCCCUGCGCACUGUCCUUGGAUCUCUUUCUUCCCGUUGCUACCGACUCGGCCUCCACCUGCCUCCUUCCUUUCCUCCGCCCUUCCCCGCCAUCUUUUCCUUCCAAAUCUGCUUUACUGGGUCUUCCGUCCCCCCCCCUCCUCUUCGCCCCUUCCUUUUUCUGCAUUUACUCCCCAAUCUCCAUGCAUAGGGUGUGCUGAGCAUGCCCAUUAACGUAAGGCCAAAGAGGACCUCCAUGAUGGUUUUCGUUCUUCCAGCCCCACUGUAGCCUUCCCCUCUGGGGCAUCCCUUGACCUCGUGAGAAAAGACUUCACCUUGACACUUCAACUGGUAUAACGGAGUAAGCUGGCAUGGCACAUUCCCACAAAGGUUACAUCUGGCCCCUGGUGGGAUCAGGAGUUAAUUGCCACAGUAACCAUUGGGCUGAAAACUCAGUUCUAUCGGCACCCACCUCCUCCCUUGUAUUCUCUUUUUGGGAAUCGAUUAGGGGUGGAUACUUUCCAUUGGCUCAUUGAAUAAAUGGGGGGUGUCUUUAAGAAAGGGCACCUAUGAGGAUGGGAGUUUCACGUUUUUUGCACGAUAGUGGGCGGAGCUACAUUGAUGACAGAGAAGUAAAGCAUUCCAAUUGGGGGCGGGGGGGAGGGAAUCAUGAAGCAUUCUCGGCAUUCCAGAAGGAAUUGUAUCAUUCCAUUGGGCUUGGCUUGAAAAGGAGGGAGGGGCAAUGGGUGACCAAUAGAAAUGCAGAUGUUGAUUACCCGAUAAGGAGCAGAACACAAUAAGUGCAGUCUAAAACGUGGGGCGUGGCCUAAAUGACUGUCCUCCUUGAGUCGGGACAUCUUAAAGGGCCCACCUUGAUGUGAUGUGGGGUAGGGGAAGAAGAACAGUUAUCUCUGCACAACACAGCUGGCCCCUUGGUACCCAGCAUGGGACACAUCUGAUGGGACACAUCUGGGACACAUCUGGGCAAAGGGAGGAAGAAUUGUUUUGGUUGACGGGAGGAGUAGGUAGUCACGGAGCAGUGGUCAGUGGGUUCAGAUUCUGGCAGCACGGUCCACGUCACUUCACAUCAUUGUUUACUCCGACGCCUGAUUAUACUUGCAUAAAGUUUACAAUCGUUGCUUCUAAUCCGUUUUGGAUCCUACAAGGUUUUUUUUUUAAAAAAAACGGGACAGCAAUUUGCAAAGGGAAUAAAAUAAAAGGGAAAAUGGGUUGUGCACCAAAGAACUGCCUCACUGCCUUAAUCCUCCUUUCCUGGGGAAAAUGACGUUUGUUUAUUUUUUUCUGUUCAAUAUGUAAUUUUUAAUUAUUCUAUAGAAAUGCCUUUUUUUUUUAAGAAAAAGAAAUUAAAAAUAGUGCAUCAACAGUAAGGGGGGAAAUAGAAUAGGGGUUAGAGCUGGACCCCCAAAAUCCUGCAGGUCGGGAGUAAAGGGUUUAGGCUCUGUCUCCUGUUCAGACCAUUUUUUAGCGGGGCGGGAGGGUUACACUGGGGUUGGGUAUUCAGAUGGUCUCCAAACGGAAUUAAACUGCGUUUAACGAUACAUUUGUGUUUGCGGGUGGGUUUUUAAUAUUGUUUAUGUUUCACUUUUAUUAUUAUUAUUGUUAUUAUUUUCCUAUUAAUAAUAAAAUAACCCAUCUUUGGGAGGGGUCUAUACAUACGUUGCUGGGAGUCUACAGGCUAUUAAAUUCUGUUAUUCCUUUUAACAUUUAGCAAUAAAAACCCCAUUUCUGGGUGGAAAUGGAAUCAAAAUUCUGGGAGUUUUUCCAAGAUCUGUUUUCCUUUUUUUUCUCCCCUGCACAAAUUGUUUCAGAACUAUUUUGUUAUUAAAAAAAGAAUCACCAGAGAAUUUAAAAAGAAAAAUAAAUGCUGGAAUGUC